GUGGGGACUGGUGCUGCCUUUGCCGCUCCUCGGAUGGUGACGGGGCCUCGCUGCGGCUGCAGCCCCCUUGAGCCCCGGCUCCGCAGGCCCACAGUGCCGGAGCCCCGCAGGAAUCAUGCCCAGGUCCUUCCUGGUCAAGAAGGUCAAACUUGACACGUUUUCUUCAGCAGACCUCGACAGCUCCUACGGGCGUGCCCGCAGCGACCUCGGAGCACGACUGCACGAUAAAGGAUACCUCAGCGACUACGUGGGGCCAGCGUCCGUCUACGAUGGCGACGCGGAGGCGGCGCUGCUCAAAGGGCCGUCCCCGGAGCCCAUGUACGCUGCGGCUGUGCGGGGAGAGCUGGGGCCGGCGGCCUCGGCGCCACCGCCCACCCCGCGUCCGGAGCUGGCCACCGCCGCGGGAGGCUACAUUAACGGAGACGCGGCGGUCAGCGAGGGCUACGCAGCCGACGCCUUCUUCAUCACCGACGGGCGCUCGCGUCGCAAGGCCUCCCAAGCCAACGCGGCCACCGCCCCCUCCACUGCUUCAGCAGCGGCCCCAGAACGCGAUGCCGGCGGCGGGGGUGGGCCGGGAGCGCGGGGUGCGGGGCCGGGGGCUGGGGGCCGGGGCGGUGCGCGCACAGGGGCUGGCGCCGAGGCUCGCGCGGGGUCAGGCGCCUCCAGCGCCGCAGGCCGGCACGCGUGCGGCGAGUGCGGCAAGACCUACGCCACGUCGUCGAACCUGAGCCGCCACAAGCAGACGCACCGAAGUCUGGACAGCCAGCUGGCGCGGCGUUGCCCAACGUGCGGCAAGGUGUAUGUGUCCAUGCCGGCCAUGGCCAUGCACCUGCUCACGCACGACCUGCGUCACAAGUGCGGCGUGUGCGGCAAGGCUUUCUCCAGGCCCUGGUUGCUACAGGGGCACAUGCGCUCGCACACGGGUGAGAAGCCCUUUGGCUGCGCGCACUGCGGCAAGGCCUUCGCCGACCGCUCCAACCUGCGCGCGCACAUGCAGACGCACUCGGCCUUCAAGCACUUCCAGUGCAAGCGCUGCAAGAAGAGCUUCGCCCUCAAGUCCUAUCUCAACAAGCACUACGAGUCGGCCUGCUUCAAGGGCGGCGCAGGCAGCGCAGGCGGCCCCGCGACCCCCGCCCCGCCGCAGCUCAGUCCUGUGCAGGCCUAGGGCGGCAGGCCAGCCGGGUCGGCUCACAGCAAUACGGGCCCCCAGGGAAGUCUCCGCCGGCAUCCGGGCGGAGGGGCCGGAGGGCGGGCCCCUCCUCACAGCAAUAGGGGGAGGG